AUGCCUGUGGUGGAGCUAUUACUCAGAAAAUGUGAAACCGCUGCUACCACAUUCGAUAAAUCCGUUUUUGAAGUUGACGAUAUUAAACAAUUGUUCAAAUCACUUGGAGAGGCUGGAGUUCAAUUGAGUCCGACGAAAGAUGAGAUUGAUGAGCUCAUGACAACAGCGAUUUUGGCAUUGCGAACGUGCUUGGUGGAAAUGGAAAAGGUGUUCAAUUUGUCGGAGAACUUCAAGGCUAAAUAUAUGACUAUCCUCCGACGAACAGUAUGCCACGAAGCUUUGGUUGGCACCAGUGGAGACAGCGACGAUGAACUCUCCGACACUCCUGGCUUAUCUCUCCUAGCUUUAUCCGGUCCAGAACUUCAAGCGGCACAAGCAAAAGCCAUGGAAACGGCGAUCUCAGCACUUCAAUCAGGUGGAGCGUCCAAUCUACCAGUACAAUUCCCACCACAAUCUCUAACAAUGACUCAAAUCGAACGAAAUUUCGAAUUCUUGAGACGAGUAAGU